AUGGUCAGGCCCCAGGCCUGUGGCGAAGCCGUGAAUAGUAUAUUCAUCUUCGCAGCAUUCUUAUGUGUUUUACCAUGGUUAGUCGAAGCUCAGCAGCAGCAGCGAUCAGCUCUAAGGCAACAUGAAUCCCCACUCGAAGCAACCACUUCUGAGGGAAUGCGAACUCCUCUCGAAGUAACCAAGGUAAAAACCAUCGAGACUCCUUUGAACAUCCCACGAAGAAAGAAUACUUUAAGCGUAAACGCAGGAAUUCACGAAAAAGUCGAUGCGAGCGCCGAUUCAGCACCAUUAGCUCCUUCACAUCUUGCACAGUCCAAUAGACUCGAGUCUAGCAGCCUCCAGUCAACCGGAUGGGGUUCUUCGCAGCCGAGUGCGCGGGAUCUCCAAGAAUGGGAAGUAGAAGAUUUUGUGCUACUGGCGACCGUUGACGGAAGUGUGUGGGCACGCGAUAGGAAAACGGGUAAACAGAAAUGGCGGAUGGAAUUACCUGAAGUCUCGAUGAUUUCAACCAAACACCACAAAAAAAACAAAUCAGCCGAUUUCAGCGACGUUCCCACGUCGAAAUGGGGUAUUGACGAUUACGUCUGGAUUGUGGAACCCACUGAACAUGGUGGUUUAUGGAUAUAUCGGCCGGAUGUUCCGAACGGCGGCUUGGUCGACACAGGCCUAACAAUGAAGAAAUUAGUUGAUGAUAUGUCACCUUACCAAAGUGACGACCCCGAGGUCGUAUACACCGGUUCGAGGAAGACCCAGAUGGUGCAGGUUGAUGCCACCAAUGGAAAAAUCUUGCAGGUCUUUGGAGGAGAUUACAUCGUCGAUACAAAGGAUCAAAGCUGUAGCCCGAAAAAUGGAUUUGUGGGUAGAGAAGCCGACGAAUGCCAAAACCCUACGAUCUGGCUGGGAUUGUCAAAGUACGAAGUAAACAUCGUAGGCAAGGAUCACCAUCCAAUUGCUACAUUAAUGUACAACGAAUGGGGUCCUAACGUUCAAGAUGCCAAAAAAUACGGAGACAAAUAUCACCAAACCCUCGAUAGCAAAUAUAUUCUAGCUGGUCAAGAUGGCCGCGUAAUGGGGUUCGAUCGUGAACGGAACAGGGAACACGAACUAUUGUUCCAACAGAAGCUUCCUUCAGCUGUCGUCAGAGUUUUUGAUAUUUUCCGACCCUGGGGCAUUGAGGAGAAGAAUUUGAAGUUGAUGAUGCUUCCACAACCUAAGCCCGAACUGAGAGCUGAGAAUGAAGUGCCAGGAUUGGAUCAGAAUCGAAACCGAGUUGCCAUCAACCUUUCUAAAGAUGGAAGCCUCUAUGCUAUGUCUGGAAAAUCAUAUCCGCUAGCCGUAGCAGGUGAUGAAGCCCAAAUCUACCAACGCGGAUUGUGGGAACGCAAGGAUUAUUGGCAAAGAAUGGAUCAGCCCGAACUGGCGGAGGCGCUGACCGGUGUUCAUUUCCUUGAUAUGCAGACGGAACCUCUUCGGACCAUAUCUGCUCCCUUAUUCGAGGAUGUAAAUCAAAGCAAACUGACCGUCACAGACCUCGCCCCAGAAAUCCUCGCUGGGCCAACUCUGUUACAAAGCUUCCAGCAAAUUCCAAAGUUAGCGAUUGACAGUGUUGUCGAAUUCAUCAAAAAUCCUGUCCUUAUCCUUUUUUUGAUGAUACUACUUAUCUCAAACCAAAGGCAAAUACGAGCUUGGAUUGGCCGCCAUGGAUUUCACAAUAAAAAGAUUUUUGUUUCACACAAAGAUCGAUCUACAACCAAGGACAUGUCAGCAAUCCACAACUCAAAUGAAGAUUCCACAAAUAUUAUCAAUCAUGAGACGCCCCGUUUACCAGAAAUUCCGGAAGAUAAAGCUCUUGGCGCCCUUCCUCCUGAUGUUAAGGAUUCCGGAUCUCCCCCUGACGCUCCUGUAGUCACUGCUGCAGCUGUACCGCUCGAAGGUGCAGCUGUGAAUGACGCCGGCUCAUUUUCGGACGUUGCGCAAGAUGUCGGUGAUGUUGCUUCGCCAGCAAAGAAAAAACCAAGAAAGCGGGGACAACGUGGUGGAGUCAAACACAGAAAAGCAGGCAAAAGUACAAGUCACACCGGAAGUGAUCAAGAAACUUCCCAGAAUACGUCCUCGCAGAAACCACCUCCAACUAUUGAGGAUGCUGUGCACAACGCGCAAAACAUGUUUCCACCCAAAACACUUGAGCCAGAUAUUCAAACUGUGUCUAAUGAUCCUGCAGAAGUUUCUGGUUCCAAAAUUCGUAUCGGGGCAUUGGAGGUGGACCAAAAUAAACUAGUUGGGAUGGGUAGCAACGGUACCAUGGUCUUCGAAGGAAAGUUCGAUGGCCGUGCUGUUGCUGUUAAAAGAAUGCUCAUUCAAUUCUAUGACAUCGCGUCCCAAGAGACUAAACUAUUACGAGAGAGUGAUGAUCAUCCAAAUGUUAUUCGAUACUUUGCACAACAGAGCGCUGCUGGAUUUCUUUACAUCGCCCUGGAGUUGUGUCCGGCAUCGUUAGCCGAUGUCAUAGAGAAGCCACAUUUACACAGAGACUUAGCCCAAGGUGGUGAAAAGGAUCUGCCCAACGUACUCUACCAAAUUGCCAACGGCAUCCAGCAUCUCCACAACCUCCGUAUCGUCCAUCGUGAUCUAAAGCCGCAGAAUAUUUUAGUUGCGAUGGGUAAAAACGGUAAACCCAGACUACUCGUUUCGGACUUUGGGCUAUGCAAGAAAUUAGAAGUCGAGCAGUCGUCUUUCAGGGCUACUACUGCUCAUGCAGCCGGUACAUCUGGCUGGCGAGCACCAGAACUUCUCCUUGAUGAUGAUAUAAAACAAGGCUCUAUGGUCGAUACAAGUACAGACGGUGGCGGAUCGGGCUCGAUCCUCGUCAGCUCGGAUAUGCUACCCAAUCGCAGAGCCACACGUGCUAUCGACAUAUUUUCUCUUGGAUUGGUCUUCUUCUACGUUUUAACUAAAGGUAGCCAUCCUUUCGAUUGUGGUGAUCGAUAUAUGCGAGAGGUAAAUAUUCGCAAAGAUAAUUUCAAUCUGGGUCUUUUGGAAAUCCUUGGAGAUUAUGCCUUUGAGGCUAAAGACCUAAUCAGUUCCAUGCUUUGUAAAGAGCCGAAAUCUCGUCCAGUAGCAGCACAAGUUAUGGCGCAUCCCUUUUUCUGGUCAGCCAAAAAGCGGCUGAACUUCCUUUGUGAUGUCUCUGACCACUUUGAAAAAGAAAAGCGGGAUCCUCCCAGUCCUGCCCUUCUAGAACUUGAGAGGUGGGCUGGUGACGUCUGUCACGGUGACUUUCUUAAGCCGCUUGGGAAAGAGUUCGUGGAUUCAAUGGGCAAACAGAGGAAGUAUACCGGCACUCGACUUUUGGACCUCCUAAGAGCUUUGCGGAACAAGAAGAAUCACUAUGAGGACAUGCCGGACAAGUUGAAGAAAGAUGUGGGUCCUUUACCUGAUGGUUAUCUCAGCUUUUGGACUAGGAAAUUCCCUAACCUGCUAAUCGUUUGUUGGAAUGUUGUGUAUGAGGUGGAAUGGGAUCAGGUGGAUCGUUUCAAGGAAUAUUAUGGACCGGCUGGGCUUUAA